UGGCGAACGGACUUUAACCCCUAAAACCCUAAAUCCUACGUAGCCCAGGGCAGGCAUAGUCGGAUACCAUCUUCUUCGUCUCCGUCAGGCUUCCUCGUCACGAAGCCAUGGCGGCUUCAAUCGGAACUGGUAACUUAGAAGCCUUCCGCCGCCUGAAAUCGGCGGAGCCACUGCUCUACCUCUCGCCAAACCCCGAGCUUUCCCACGCCGCCCGCACGGCUUCCCAGCACGUAUACUCCUCCAUCAAGCCCUUCACCCCCAAAUUGCCCCUCGAUCACCUUCUCGUCGACGGCUUCGACGCCGAACAGAUUUGGGAGCAAAUCGACCUCCAGUUCCACCCGAUAGUUUCCAGCCUCCGCCGCGAGCUGAAGAAGUUCGAGAAGAAUCCUGAAGAAAUUUUGAAGCCUUUUGGUAUGGAGAAAGAGGAGGAGGAGGAGGAUUUAGAGAGAGUAAGUGAGGAUUUCGACGGAUUGGAGUCGGCGGGAGUGGAAGACGAAGACUUGGGGUUUGAUGAUGAGGAUGAGGAAGAGGAAGAGGAAGAGGAUGAAGAGAUUGAUGGUGAUGAGAAAGGGGAGGAGGGCGUUGGGGAGGAAGAUGAUGGCUAUGAGGACGGUGUUGGCGGAGUUGAAGACAAGUUUUUGAAGAUAAAGGAAUUAGAGGAAUAUUUGGAGGAUGACGAAGCGAGAGAAUAUGGAAUGGAGAAGAGGAAGAGAAGGAAUGAUAGUAAUAAGGUGCCACUUGGGGACGAAGAAGAUGGCGAAGAAGACGAUGAGGACGAGGAUGAAGAAGGCGAUGGUGAAGACAAUGACCUUGAUAUUUUUGGCGAUGAGAUGGAUGAUGAGGAAGAAGGGGAAGAUGAGAUGGAACAUGCGAGAUAUGAGGACUUCUUUGGUUCUAAAAAGAAAAAUGAUCAGAAAAGAAAAUCUAAAUUGAUUGAUGGGUCAGAUGGCUUGGGCAUGGAUGCUGAACAAGAAGAUGACAGGGCUUUCAGAAAUCAGGAACAAAAUCUCUCUACGCAUGAAAAAGAAUUACAGAAGCUUCAAUCUGAAAUAGAGAAAAUGGAGAAAGCAAACUUAGAACCAAAGACUUGGACUAUGCAGGGGGAGGUAACGGCUGCUAAAAGGCCAAAAAAUAGUGCAUUAGAAGUUGAUCUGGAUUUUGAACACAAUAUGAGACCUGCCCCUGUAAUCACGGAGGAGGUUACUGCAUCUCUAGAAGAGUUAAUUCAGAAGCGGAUACUUGAGGGGCAUUUUGAUGAUGUUAAGAAGGCUCCAAUGCUGCCAUCUAAAGCACCCAAAGAAUUAAAGGAGUUGGAUGAGAACAAGAGCAAGAAGGGACUUGCUGAAAUUUAUGAGGAAGAAUAUGUUCAGAAAACUGGCCUAGUUUCAGCAGCAUUGUCUUUUUCAGAUGAACAAAAGAAAGAGGCAAGUAUGCUGUUCAAGAAACUAUGCUUGAAAUUGGAUGCUCUGUCACAUUUCCACUUUGCUCCAAAACCAGUCAUUGAAGAUAUGUCAAUCCAAACAAAUGUACCUGCAUUGGCUAUGGAAGAGAUUGCACCUCUGGCAGUAUCAGAUGCAGCUAUGUUGGCUCCAGAGGAAGUUUUUGCUGGCAAAGGAGAUAUUAAAGAAGAAAUAGAACUAACAAAAGCAGAAAGGAAGAGGAGAAGGGCUAGCAAGAAGAGAAAAUUUAAAGCUGAGUCAGUGAAAAAGAUGGCAAUAAAUACUGCACGAGAAAGGGUGCAUCAAAAUCAAAUGGACGGAAAGAGAGAAGAAGAAUCAUGAGCUUCAGAGCCCUGACCUGAUGGAGCCUAAAUCUCCUCAAUUAAGGAGUUUUUCUGUGUGUUGUGCCUUCUGACCUUUGAAUACAGAUAGAUAGUUAUUUCCCCUUCCCCUCCCCCUUAAAAAGUAGUGACCACCGGCGCAAGCAAGCACAUGCCGUAGAAAAAGUUGGGAUGGAAAAGGCAGCAGCAAAAACGAACAAAGACUGGGUGAUAAAUAGGAUUUUAUUGUUUUGAUAUUUGUAGUUUUUUCGUAGAUAUGGUAUAAUAUAAUAUCAAGUUGAAGCUGCUGAUGAUUAGCUUUUUUGUA